CACGACCGCUCAUGGUGCUAUAUAAUGUGUGAAUGUGCGGCGGCGGGCGGCCACCUUCACGCCGCUCGUCCACGUCCAAUAAAGACAGCAACGAGACGGCAGACAAGCGACUGACCGGGAGGGAGGCAAGAAGACGAACAUCCUUGCUUCUCUGUAGUGGAACAAGUAGAAGAAAGUACGAGACCGAGAAAUACCGUCGACAACAUGGAGCUUCACGACAAGGAAACGGUAUCCGGAGAGAUUCUGCCGGUGGUGAUCGUAGGUAACGGCCCCUCUGGGAUCUGCCUGUCAUACCUGCUGUCGGGCUACACCCCCUACCUGUCGCCCGGCGCGUCGCAUCCCAACCCGUUGCUGCACAGCAAACUGGCCGAGCAGCCCGGCCUGCCCCUGCUGGAGCAGGACUUGGAGUACCUGUGCGAGGGUCUGCAGGGGCGCUCGUCCAACCCGGUGGCCGUGCUCUUCGACUCGCUGCUGUUGCCCGACAGCGACUUCGGCCUGGACCACGUCUCCCCGCUCGAGUGGCGCUACGAGCCGGAGAGAGCCGUGCCGCACUUGGUGCUGGGAAAGGGCCCCCCGGGAGGAGCCUGGCACGCCAUGGAGGGCUCCAUGCUAACGCUAAGCCUUGCUAACUGGAUGGAGCUGCCCGGACUUAAACUGAAGGAAUGGAUGAAAGACAAGAGAAGAAACGUGCGCAACGACCGCGCCACGCCGGCCGAGAUCGCCUCCUACUACCAGCACUACGUGUCCCAAAUGUCCCUGGAGGACAACUUUGCCUGCGGGACCACCGUCACCUCGGUCACCAGGGAGCCCGCAGAUAACCGCGACGCCCGCGGCUGCUGGAGGAUCAAGGGACUGCAGUGCCGAGAGGGCGAGGAUCUUGGAGACGAUUCUCCCGUGGAGCAGGUGCCCUUCUCCCUGCUGGCACGCAACGUCGUGUUGGCGACGGGCACCCACGACAUCCCCGCCCGGCUUGGCGUGGAGGGCGAGUCGCUGCCCUACGUGUGCCACUCCUUCUGGGAGCUGGAGGGCGCCAUCUCCCGCGGCGAGCUGGACGAGUCGUCCGACCCGGUGCUCGUGGUGGGCGCCGGACUUACGGCCGCCGACGCCGUGCUGGCGGCCCACCACCUCAACACGCCCGUUUACCACGCCUUCCGCCGCGCCGUCACCGACCCCGGGCUCAUCUUCAACCAGCUGCCCAAGAUGCUCUAUCCGGAGUACCACAAGGUUCACCAAAUGAUGAUGCAGCAGCAGCACCAGUCCGCGUCUCCUCUGGACUCGUCUUCCUCGCCUCCGAGCUUCUUGUCCUCCUCUUCCUCAUCGUACGCCGGCUACCUCAGCUUCCCGCGCCACCGCGUGGUCUCUUUCCGGCCGGACCGCAAAUGCGUCUUACAGUCGGACUCGGGCCAGCGUAGCGUGGUGCAAGUAUCCAAGGCGCUGGUGCUGAUCGGUGCCCACCCCAACUUGUCCUUCCUGCCCGAGCAGGGCCGCCCUCUGGGGGUGCGCCCGGAUGAGGCCGUCACCUGCCGCAGGAACCCCAUCGACGUGGAUCCCUUCACCAACCGCGUGGUGGCGGCCGACGGGCCCGGCAUGUACGCCAUGGGGCCGCUGGUGGGGGAGAACUUUGUGCGGUUCUUGAAGGGUGGCGCCCUGGCCAUAGCCAGCGAUAUCGCCAAGGGACAGAGGGGGGGCGACGGCGUGGGAGCGCCGGGGUCCUCGGACCAACUGGCUGAUAAGUGGGUGGACAGGCAGGCAGAGGUGUUACGAUUGUAGCAGCUGGAGAAGUGAAGGUGCAAAUGGCCUUCCUUCGUCAUUGUGCAAUUGGACUUUAAAAACAAAAAAUCUGUUUUUUUUUUAACUUUCAUUUCAAAGCGGUGGUUUUACCGGGCGUCCUCGAGCCAUAGCUUGGGCCUACAUAUCCUAAUAUGUGA